UGCGCCUCCUACAAACUCAAACUUCAAUUACUCUCUCUUCUCUUAACUCUAAAAAAACCUAAAAACUCUACACUCUACGCUACACCCACCACCACCACACGCCUUCACCGCCGCGACGCCGCCUUAGACACUUCAUCACAGACUCACAGACGCACCGCUGCUGCUCAUUACCUGCUGUGGCUGCUCACAGUCCCUCCUUACAAAAACCCUAAAAUCAAAAUUUUGAACUUUUAGGCUUAAAGAAUCACCGUUUACAACAUAACUAUUACAAAUGGAAACUCAAAACCUUACGCAAAGGAGUACUACUACUACGCCAGAUGAACCCAUCAUCACCAACGGCGGUGAUGCUGCCACCACCUCCGAUUAUGGAGGAGGUAAAAGAGAGCGGCAGAGAAGAAUGAUAAUGGCUAAACGCGGUAUUAAGUCAUUGGCUGUAGCACUUUCUGUUCCCUUGAUUCUCAAUCUUACCAACAUUUACAUGUUUGGUGCUAAUGACAAUUACAAGAUGUCCAACCGUCCUAAUUGGGUGCCUCCAAUAUGGGUUUUGCACAUGGCUUGCUUGGGCUCCGCAGCUGUUCUAGGCCUCUGUGGAUGGAUUGUAUGGGCUGAAGGUGGGUUUCAUAGAAAUCCCAAUGCAUUGGGUUUGUAUUUUGGUCAAUUUGGGCUUAGCCUACUCUGGGAUCCACUGGUGUUCAAGAUGGGGGCUAACUGGGCUGGUUUGGUGAUUGCCGUUGGAGUUUGUUGGGCAUUGUUUCGGUGCUACAAGGUUUUCCGGCAGGUGAAUGAAAUAGCGGCAGAUCUAGUUUUACCUUGUAUUGGCUGGGCUGCUCUUCUCGCUUUUAUUAGCCUCAAGUUUUUGUUGACCUGAACUCAGUUAAGAACGUAUGGGUUUGAUAUCAUUGUACAACUGUUCUCACUAUUGUAAAUAGCAACAAACUAGUGUUGGGUUUUGUAAUUUUGUGGUUUGAAAUAAAUAUGAAUAGAAAGGUUU